UAGUUGCACAGUUUAUGAUGGCUGUGUACGUGCCUCUCGAGGGUGUCCUAAAUAUCAUACCACAUUACUAUGUUUAAUUGGUUUGCCAUUACUAUCUGAUUUGCAGGGAUGAUUCCUUGAUCUUGGAAUAAAACCUUGAAGUAGGCCCGUGUUAGCCAGGAGCCAAUUCUUGGAUGUCAGUCUGAUCUGUGUGAUCACAGCUGCUGUGGAUCAGCCUGUCGAAUUGUCAGUAAACUCAUGACAGCAUUGAAUUGAGUUCUCCUUUAGUGGGUGGUGUGCAGUGCUGGUCAGUUCAGGACGGUUUAUCAACUUUCAAUCUCAUCUUAUCUACCGCAGAUUGAUGUUACUGGAACAGGUUACGAUUGAAACGGAGUCACAUGUGUUAGGUACACGUAUCGUGUUGGUGAUGUGUGGUGUCUCAGUCAUGUCAAUCAGAUUGAGCUCAUCAUCCCUUAGGCCCUAGUUACAGUGAAAAAUACGAAAUAGGCCUAAUGUGUUGAAUGGUUUCUUGGCAGCAGUCUCACUCGUCACUGUGCUUGGAUACCAGGAUCAUUGCUGGUCUUCAGCAAUGAUUACAAGGCAGCAUUCACCUCCUUCCCGUGGAUUUCAACGUAUGGUCUGGUUCUGUCCUGCCAAGCUUGCUAUAAAAGACUUAUGCAACACUUUGGAUAAAUUGAGGCCACAGGAUUAUGUCAAUGGAAAAUACAGUACUAUCAGGAUUAAAACUUUUGGAUUAUAACUUGGUAGACUGAUACUUGAUUGGAUUUAGUGUAAACAUAGAGAGACAGUAGCAUCACCAUGUUCCUCAUUCCAUGUAAAGGCAAACGGGCCAAGACACUACACAUGCGCAGGUCUGUGUCACACGAGCCACAAUCAAAGACAGAGAAAGGCAACUCCAUCAUUGAGAAACAUUACUAUUUUGAUGGUCAUGGCCAGCCAAAGAAAAAGUUUGCCAGUCUGACACGAUCGUUGCCAUGGGGAUUCCUGCGUCCACAAUCAUGGCACAGUCAUUUGGUCAGAAUACCUGAGGAUUUCCACAACAGUGUGCUGUCAUUCAGUGCCAAGAACAAGGCUGGGGAGGAGACAUGGUAUGGACAAGAGCCCACUGAUAUCCCCCUCCGUAGUGUUGACCCCCUCGUACCAGACAUCUUCACGUCGUAUACCGGACCAGAAGAUGGCCUUUGCUUGGUCGAUCAGCUGUUACGGGGCUCAGAGAAUGACGACGAUACACCAAGAGUUCUUGGAGCGAAGGCUUGGAACGUCAAGAGUCGUAAAGCAUAUGGAAUAGCUACCUCAUUAUAUGACCAGCACCCAGUCAAUGGCAAGAUCUCCGGAGACCCAAUCGCUGACUCGUUUGCAAUCUGUGCGAGGAAGAACAACGCCAUCUUGGUAAUCGCAGACGGUGUAAACUGGGGCGAGAAGUCAAAGAUAGCUGCGCGCUGUGCCAUCUACGGAUGCAUGAAGUUCAUGCACGAGAAGAUGUUUUUAUCGAAUCAGCCAAUCAAAACAACUCAGGAAGCGAUGCAACACUUACUGGACUCAUUCUACGCUGCUCAUGAUACUAUCUUGAAGUGUGAUGGUGGCCUGACCACACUCAAUGCUACACUAGUGAUGCCGCUAUCUUAUUGUAGACAGUUUGCUGUCCUCUCAAUCAACGUCGGUGACAGCUUAGCAUAUGUGUUCAGCAAAUUUCACGGUGUGCGAGAAGUGAGUAUUGGGUCACAUGACUUGAUGGCUGAGCGGGAUAUCCGGGAUGCCGGCGGUGCGUUGGGACCGGUCGAUGGUGAAAACCCAGAAUUACACAACUUGACGUGUACUAUGACAAUAUGUGACCCGGGUGAUAUAGUAUUCCUUACAACUGAUGGCAUUUCUGACAAUUUUGAUCCUGUUGUGACGAAGCUGGCUCAAGCGAGUCGUCGCUUUAGCUCACCGGAUAUCGAACACGCUCAACAACUCUCAGCCAAACCUGAGAUGGAACCUAAAGAGAGACAUCAGUAUUCGGUCAAAGAAAUGGAGCGAAUCAUUCACGAGUUUGAACUCGAUACAGAGUCGCCGUGCUCGGCUCAAGAACUAUGUGGUGCCCUCUUACAACACGUGUUGAAAUUAACAGACAAUAAACGCAAGGUUCUCGAAGAUCCGAACUUGUAUGGUAAGAAGUUACGCUCAAAAGAGCGCAAGAGGCGAGAUUCACAAAUCGUGGAGAAAAUGUCAAAAGCUCCGGGGAAACUAGAUCAUGCGUCGAUCGUGGCAUAUGAGGUUGGACAUUACCAUGGCAACGAUGAUGAGAAUUAUGAAAUCGAGGAAGAAGAAGAGGAAAUCCCGCUUAAUGAUGAUGAUGAUUAUGAACCGAUGUCACCGAUCAACUUGAAUGAUCCCUACCUCCAAAACAGGAGAUUGUCAUUUGAGACGUCAUUAUAGUUCAGCACCGUUCUGGCCAAAAGUGUGGUCGCUUGUCUAAUGCAACAUCUGUUCAAUACAACAUUGAUAUUGGAUAACUUUGCCAGUGGGAUGAUGUUGAUGUCAGACGCUAGAAGUGACUGAGAUUGUCAACUAGCAGGGUAAUCAAGCAGUAGGCUACGGGUGAAAACUCUUCAUGAGUCUUGUGCAUUUUAGAGCUUGGUUUGUGAGUAAAGGACUUUAUUUCUCAGAAUGUGGUCAGCAAAAGUGAUGAAGAUGUUGGCUUUUCAAUGUGUUGUCAGCUCGUCACACCAUCAGGUGGUGCCCUCUUACGAGUAAUAUCAUGUAUAAUACUGAAGGAAAUGCUGUCAUAUAUCGCUUUGCAUAUUAAAAUACGGAAGACUGGAAGUCUGGAAAAAGUGAAGAUUUGGAUGAAUUCUUGAAAUGUUGAGGGUUGGCUCACUUGAGUUGGUUUCCACUCCACCUUAUGAAACAUGUGAGAUGUCUAGCUAUCAGUGAGUCAGGGGGCUCUCCCUAUAAAAAGGCUGUUUGAGAAACUGACCAAGCUUUGAGCUGAGAAAACGAAACCAGCCAUUUUUAAGAAUUCAUCCAUUUUGUAAAAGAAGUUUAAAGUUUAUUGUGUAAUUGUUGUAUGUUGUUUACAUAAAUCUGCUUAAAGUUUGUAAAUAGGAGGAUAUGAGAGAGAUAUUUAGUGUGUGCUCUGUUCGUGGUACAAUGAUCAUGGGUGAUCAACGACGCUGGGUGGGGGAGGAGCAACAUUCUGCUCUUGAGCCUGGCUGGCGUAUAUUUCGGUUUUUAUGGGGAUGAAUCUUUGCACUUAUUUCAGCUUGCACAUUUUAUGUUGACAUUAUUUUUGGGGUAAAUAUGGGAUUUGAUGCUAUGGUUGGAUGAACAUUCAUUUAGAUCUCUGUCCAUGCAAGUCAUGUUUCCCAACUUGUCCUGUCUUCAGUUUGUGUGAUGUUUAGUUUAUGAUCCUUGGGAUAGAUGACAACACUGUUGGGAAACAUUGCUACCGAGUUUUAUCUGCAUGUUCAUAUUCUUUCCACUGCCAAAAGUGCUGUGCCAUUUGUUUUACUGUAUAAGUUUGUUACUGUCGAGCACAUUUCUAUUUAAGGUAAUUAGUGCUAGUUUACAGUAGUAGGUACGAUAUAAGUACAGUAGGUGAUGCAAUUAGCCUGUGUAGCAUUGCCGACGUCAGCCGUCUAUCGCUUGCCGACGUAAAAGAUGACAAUUUGGCGGAGGGCGUCAUCUCGGCAGGAACUACGUGAAUAUCCUGCUCGGCUUUCAGAUGCAUCUCCUUACUCUGCAUUUGACUCGAUGUAAACAAACCAAUUUAUUUACUGGCAAUAAAUUGUUAAUGCGAUUA